UGAUGCCCGGCUCUCGUAAGCGUGCAGCUCAUCCUUCCGUCUGUUCCCGCUCGGCCUAGGCCGCACCUGGGCAGCCUCCCCCUCGCAAGGACAAGAACAUCAUCUGGCGCUUUCCUACCCAUCUAGACCAUGGACGCCCACGAACGCGCCGUCGACGUCAUUCGCACGCAGACCCGCCACUUCUACGACACCAAAACCCCGUUCCGCGUCUACCAUGGCAGCACUAACAGCACGCGCCAUACAAACUUCGACCGCAACGCUAUUGUCGACAUCAGCUCGCUCAACCACAUCCUCUCCAUCGACCCGGCGAAGAAAACGGCGCUCGUCGAGCCCAAUGUGCCCAUGGAUGUCCUGGUUCGCGAGUCCGCGAGGGUAGGACUGCUCCCACCCGUGGUGAUGGAGUUUCCCGGAAUCACGGUAGGAGGAGGUUUUGUUGGCACCGCGGGUGAAAGCAGCAGCUUCAAACACGGCUUUUUUGACCGUACCGUUCUCUCCGCCGAAGUUGUGCUUGCGAGUGGGGAUCUUGUCACCGCAUCUGACGCAUCGAACCAGGAGCUAUUCGACGGUCUAAGGGGGAGCUUCGGCACCCUAGGAGUGCUUACUAUGGUGGAAAUGCGCUUGAUUGAGAUGAGCAAGUAUGUCGAGCUCACGUACCAUCCCACCACAUCAAUCAAGGAGGCAAUGACCAAGCUCCAAGAAGAAACACAGCGAGAAGGCAUGGAUUUUAUUGACGGCAUCUUGUUCUCAAAGGGCUCUGGCGUUAUCGUCACCGGCCGUCUUGCCGACACCGCAUCAUCUUCAAACGUCCCGCUUCAGCGCUUCUCGAGACCCUGGGAUGAAUGGUUCUGGAUUCACGCCAAAUCAGUCGCCUUCAAGAAGUCCCCCUCGACCGAACUCGUCCCCAUCCAAGACUACCUCUUCCGCUAUGACCGUGGCGCUUUCUGGACUGGCAUGUACGCAUUCAAGCACUUCAUGGUGCCCUUCACACGCUUAACCCGCUUCUUACUGGACUACUUCUUCCACACCCGCAUCAUGUACCACGCUCUCCACGUUUCUGGGCACACCGACCGGUAUAUAAUCCAAGAUGUCGCGUUUCCAGCAGGCAAUGCUGCAGCUUUUGCCGAAUUUGUCGAUGAGAAUUUCGGCAUAUAUCCGCUUUGGCUUUGCCCAUUGAGGAAGGACGCGAGGGCCUCCAUGGGUCAACCCCGGGAUUAUCAGGGUGCCGUACAAGGGAAAGAGCCGCGUAAACCGAAUGAAGGAGAGUAUAUCAAUAUUGGCGUUUGGGGUCCUUAUCCGUCGUCGGAAGACGAAUACCUGAGGGCGAAUCGGUCGUUCGAAGCGAAAGUCCGCGCCCUAGGUGGUCUGAAGUGGCUGUACGCUCGCGUAUUCUACACCGAGGAAGAAUGGUGGCAGAUCUAUGACAAGGAAAAACACGAGACGCUGCGCGAGAAAUAUAAGGCUACUUCUUUACCGACGGUUUGGGAUAAAGUCAAAGAUAGAGUUAGGAUAGAAGAGCUUGAAUCCGGUGUGAAGGGAUGGCUCAAGAGAACCAUCAAGAGUAAUGAUUUGCUCAGCGGAUUCUACGGCGUAUACAAGGCGAUGGGAGGAGGCGAUUACUUACUCAAGAGGGAAACAGCCUAAAGACGAAACGAA